CAGUUAAGUAUUUUUCAUAUAAUUUUUGAAGCGUUGUCAAAAAUUGAUCGUUCAGCUACUGUUUGUUAUCGUUAGAAAUGUAUUUUAAAUUUGAGAUGAUAAAAUAACGACAUCGGAAAUUUUUUUAUAUUGGAAUGUUCGUGUGGUUACGUAAGAAAUUCGCAAACUUUGAAGAAGAAGACAAGCAGCAACAUUUACAAAUAUCGCUCAACAAAAUCAACCAGGACAGCGCUCCCGACAGUUUAGUACUAGAAGGGAAUAAAAGGUCGCAGCUAAUGCAAAAACUGACCAUGGAAGUGGCAAAAAGGAAUAACGAAAACGAAACAGUCCUGAAGACGAACCCAUCAGGAGAUGCGAGACGUCGCAGAAUAAAUAUGUCGUCGUCUAGUACAGCAAAGAGCGUAGGAAAUAAAGGGGACACCACUAUCCUCAAAAUCAGUAACAAUAAUGACGAUGACGCUACCAACGUUCUUCCAGCAGUUGAAGAAAUCUAUCAAUAUGAACGAAAACUGCAAAAGUUAGUCAAAGAAAACGAACAUAAAAAAAAAGAGGAAAAACAACAGAAACCCAGCGCUGUUAUGGAAUCGAUCACCAAAUUGCAAGACGACGAAAUCAAAGAACUAUUCAAAAGAAAAUUCAGGGAGCAAAUGAUAAAAAACAACGAAAAACAUAACGAUCGACCGGACGAUAACACGAUUGCAGCUGAUGAUGUUACUACCGAAAACACUGAAACUGCGACCGAUAUUGGCGGUAAACCUCCUGAUAGUACCACAAGGAUAUGGAAAGGAGUUGAACUCAAAGAAUCGGUCUCUAGAGAGUACAGCACCUCGUUUGGUCGCAUCACACUUAGAGAUAGUGAUCUGCCAAAAUACAUACGAGAAACAACAGAUACUUCGCUUGAUUUGACGAAAAGAAAAGCUUCCAUCUUGUCCGAUCAAGUAAAUAAAAUGAAGUAUGGGAUGGAGAAGUUGAAUUCUGUUUUGAAUUCCAAUUAUACAGAAAAGUACAAAAAAGAUAUCGAUUUUCUUAUCGCAAAUAUCGCCCCUCACAUACAAAAAUGGGAAAAGGAGAAAGAAAUUCGAAAAUCAAAGCUCAUGGCCAUUCCGGAACAAAAAGAAGUCCCCACUGUCCCCUAAUAGUGAUAAAAGUGUAUUAAUUGUGAAUGUCGAUAUGGAAAAUUUUUAGUCCAAUAAAAUUAUCGUCACACCCUCGUAUACUCGAAAA